AUCUCCUCCUCAUCUAUUUAUAUUCAUUCAGGCCUCAAAGCAAUUCAGGCCUCAUUGCUUUGAAGCAUAGAAAUCGUUGCAAAUAUGAUUGACCCCAAAUAUGGUUAUGCGUAUCCUCCUCCUCAAGGCACUUAUCAAGGACCUCCAGUAGUGAUGGCACCUCCUCAGUAUUAUGCAGCUCCCCAACCACCCAGGAGAGAACCUAGUUUCCUUGAGGGGUGCCUUGCGGCUUUGUGUUGCUGUUGGCUGUUGGAUUCAUGCUGCUGCGACCCAACAAUUAUAUGCAUGGACUAGUUCGAAAUCACCGAGACCUGAGCCACUGAAUUAUGUUUGAGGCCAUAGUGGAUGUAAAACUAUAUGUGUGGUUUUUCUUUUCAAUUUUCAUAAUCAUGGAGAAUAACAACAAUGUUAUAAUACCAAUAUGUAUUUUCUAUUCUUUUUUAGUGUUUUUAGAAGGAAAAACUUCAUUUAUUCUCAAUUAAUUUUAAAUUAGAUA